AUGUCUGUUGGACCUGAUUCCAAACUCAGUAACUCCACCUUUCUCCUCGCGGGCUUCCCCGGCCUGGAGCAGCACUAUCCCUGGCUCUCCAUCCCCUUCUCCUGCAUCUAUGCCACGGUUUUCCUGGGGAACUGCCUGGUGCUGCAUGUGAUCCGGACGGAGCCCAGCCUGCACCAGCCCAUGUUCUACUUCCUGGCCAUGCUGGCCGGCACGGACCUGUGCAUGGGGCUGUCCACCGUGCACACGGUGCUGGGGGUCCUGUGGGGGCUCAGCCGGGAGGUCAGCCUGGAUGCCUGCAUUGCCCAAACUUACUUUAUCCACGGUCUGUCCUGCAUGGAGUCGGGAGUCCUUCUGGCCAUGGCCUUUGAUCGCUUUACUGCCAUCUGCAACCCUCUGAGGUAUGCUUCCAUAUUAACCAGCGCCAGAAUCAUCAACACUGGUGUGGCCAUUUUGGGGAGGGGUCUCCUGCUCAUUACCGCUCCCAUCGUUCGCCUGAAGUUCUUCAAUUACUGCCGACCCCGCGUCCUCUCCCACUCGUUCUGCCUGCACCAGGACCUCCUCCGGCUGGCCUGCUCGGACAUCCGCUUCAACAGCGUCUAUGCCUUGGCCCUGGUCAUCUGCACCCUGCUUCUGGACUCCGUGCUCAUCCUCGUCUCCUACAUCAGGAUCCUGCGCUCUGUCCUGGCCGUCGCCUCCCGGGAGGAGCGGCUCAAGUCCUCGCAGACCUGUGUCGCCCACCUCUGCGCCGUCCUGGUUUUCUACGUCCCCGUCAUUGGUCUGACCAUGGUGCACCGCUUCGGGCAGCACCUCUCGCCCGUGGUCCACGUCCUCAUGGGCAACGUCUACGUCCUCUUCCCACCCCUGAUGAACCCCAUCAUCUACAGCGUGAAGACCCAGCAGAUCCGUGGCAGGAUUCGGAGAUGGUUCCCUAAAACCAGCCCUGAGUACUCGAGGUUGAUGUGUUUUACGGGAGGGAAGGUAGUACUUGCGAAAGAAGUAACUCGUGACUUGUAG